UCUCCCUCAAUUACUCGAAAAGGAGGCAUCUUUGAGUUAGUUUGAUGCUAUUCGACGAGAAUGGCGUCUGCUCUCUCUGCAUUUAGGGUUUCAAUCUCUAGAAUUAGUUCUUUCCGUGCUAGGCAAUUCUCUUAUCCCGCGACUUCCGGUUUAGCCCAUACCAAGCGAAUCAUUUGCAGCUCUUCGCAUUCUCCAUCUCCGUCUGAUACUUCGUCUUCAUCUGUUUCGUUGAUGGGAACAAAUGAAAACGCGAGGUGGAGACCCAUGUGCUUGUAUUACACUCACGGGAAGUGCACAAAGAUGGAUGAUACUGCCCAUUUGGAAGUUUUCAACCAUGAUUGUUCCAAGGAGCUUCCAGUGACCGCUGCUGAUCUCGAGGGAAAGAAGCCACAGGAGUUCGACUUCUUCUUGGUUCUUGACUUGGAAGGAAAAGUUGAGAUUCUUGAGUUUCCUGUUUUGAUCGUUGACGCCAGAACCAUGCAAGUCGUAGACUUGUUCCACAGGUUUGUGAGACCCACCAAAAUGAGCGAGCAAGCGAUAAACAAGUACAUCGAAGGCAAGUAUGGCGAAGUUGGUGUUGAUCGAGUGUGGCAUGACACAGCUAUCCCAUUUAAGCAAGUUGUUGAGGAGUUUGAAGGCUGGUUAGCUGAGCAUGGCUUGUGGGGUAAAGAAACAGACGGGGCUCUGAAUGAUGCAGCUUUUGUAACCUGUGGAAACUGGGAUAUAAAGACAAAGAUUCCCGAGCAAUGCGUAGUGGCAAAUAUCAAUCUUCCGCAAUAUUUUAUGGAGUGGAUUAAUCUCAAAGACGUCUACUUGAACUUCUACGGACGUGAGGCCAGAGGAAUGGUGUCAAUGAUGAAGCAAUGUGGAAUAAGGCUCAUGGGAAGCCACCAUUUAGGCAUUGAUGACACAAAGAACAUCACGAGAGUGGUGCAACGGAUGCUCGCUGACGGUGCAGUGUUCAAGAUCACAGCACGAAGGAGUAAGUCCAAUAUGAGAAACGUCGAGUUUCUGUUCAAGAACCGGAUCAAGUAGUAACCCACAAAGGAAAGAUGACAGACCCAGUAAGCUGUAUGAUUUGUUAUUGCAUAGAACUGUUAAGACCACAACUUUCUGUAAGAUUUAGCGUUUGUUUUGGUUGAUAAACAAUUUCUCUCUUGAGAUUUAUUGUGAUGUGAUUGGUCUGACUUUGUUGGAGCUAUC